UUGGAGAACAAAGGAAGCUCUGGGGAAGCAGAUGUGCUUUGGUAGCAUUUGGCGUAUAGCAUGAAAUCACCCCUGCAGUCACAACGUUAACCCGUCACAACCUGUCACACUGUCCUGUGUUCUUACAGACAAGAAGUGACCAGCUUCCGGAGGUGGUGGCUGUGUCUGGAAGCGGAGCUUGCCAAGCUGGACGACAAGAUGCUUCGCACCCCCAAGUGCUCGAGGUGCCGGAACCAUGGCUACCUGGUGCCAGUCAAGGGCCAUGCGGGCAAGUGCCGCUGGAAGCAGUGCAUCUGCGACAAGUGCUACCUGAUCACCGAGCGCCAGAAGAUCAUGGCUGCCCAGAAGGUGCUCAAGACACAAGGUACCGAGGAGCAGGCGGCGACCGGGGGCACGCAGGGGCCCCAGCUGCCUCCUGGGGCUCCGGUGGCGGCCCCCGCUGCUGCUGCCGCCGCCGCCGCCACCGCCUCCUCGAGCUCGAGCCUUUGCCCACAGGCCAGGGUGGCUCCGGGAGGCGCAGGGCCAGGCCCCGUGGCCACCUGCUUCCUCGAGAGGCCCCCGCAGGCCUGCAGCCCAGGCCCGAGCGCCUUCCAGCUGGUCCCAGGCGGCCGCCCGGGCCCCAGCACCUUCCAGCCUGCUCUGGGGAGCCCCGGGGGACCGCACGACCGUCCCUCCGCGUGGCUGCCCCCCGCCAGCCCGCAGCCGCCCAGGCCCGAGUCCUGCGGGCCCGAGCCGCGCCUGCCGCUGCGGCCCGUGCCCCGACUGCCGUUCACCGACUACGGGCAUCCUCUGAGAUUCAGCUCUGAUCGUGUCGGGGGAGCUGGGUACCCCGAGAGAGAGCCUUUCCAGCAGUGCCCUGCCUGCGUCCCCAUGCCAUCCUACCAGCCCUUCCCACCGGAUGGCCAGGCUGCAUCCUCAGCUCUGGGGAUCCCUCAACAAAGAAGCUUCCGUCAUGUCUCGUGCAGCCCCUACCAUGGGGGCAGCUUGGUGUCAGAACCAGCCCGGGACCUCCAGCCAACCUACUGCUCACCACCGCCACCUCCGCUGCCGCCUCCGCCACCGCAGCCUCCACAGCAGUCCAACUUCCUCCCGUCAGGCUAUCUCUCCGCUCUCCACUUACUGGCGCCGCCGCCGCCGCCACCAUCUCCCCCGUCUUUCUCACUGACCAUCCUGUAUGACACAGACAAGGAGGAUACCAAUGAUCAGGAUGCGGAGGCGCUCACCGAGCCCAGCCAGCACUCCUCCCAGGAGCAGUCCAACUAAGCUGCAGGCCGCCGCGCAGGCCAUGGGCGGGGAGGGGCGUAUACGGCAGCAAUUAUUUUUUCCACCUUUGUUCAUGUUCUCUAGCGAGGAAGGAUAUUGAUAGGUGUAAAAUGGCAGCUAGUUCUGAUUUCACGACAGGAGGAUGAGUGUGGUUCCCAAGGUUCUCUGGACCG